AAAAAAAAAAAAACACUUAUAUAUCCAUCCGUCGUGCAAUUUUCGGUCCACAGAAAAUCAUAGAUAGAGCGGUUGAGAAAAAAUAGAGAUACAGAGAGAAGAGUAAGAAAGAAAAGAAAAGAAAAAGAGAAGAAGGAUCGAGCACGAUUUGUGAUUUCAAGUUCAAAAGACCACGUUCUUCCAGAGAAGAAAAUGGCAGCAUCCAGAGCUUCAUCUAACAGAAAAAACAAUGAGGAGAAAAAGAAGGAGCAGCUGCUUCGUGCAGCUCGAAAGCGAUAUGGAUCUACUAUUGUUAUUGAGCAGUUUCUCAAGUUCAACCCUUCAUCAUUCGAUGGUACUGCUGGAACAGGGAAGUGGUUAGAAGAUAUGGAGCGUAUUUUGCGAGUCAUGGAGUGCAUUGACGUAGAGAAGGUUUCCUGCGCAUCAUUUAUGCUAAAAAAUAGAGCUUGUCAUUGGUGGGAGAGUAGAAUUGAACGAAAUGUGACUUGGGCUAGGUUCAGACAGCUG